ACCAGACUGACUGACCAACAUGGUGAAACCCCGUCUCUACUAGAAAUACGCCUUGCAUAUUGGGAAGUGCGUUAGUGGAAAUACAAAGUCUUUGGAAUCCAACAAACAUUGUUUCAAAUGACCACAUACUAGGCUUUGACACUUUAGGUGAGGUACUCAGCCAUUUGGAGCUUCAAUGUUCUCAUCUGUGAAAUGGGGAUAGUGAUCUUAAUUUGUCUUAAGACUUGUGAAGAUCAACAGAAUGUGUGAAGCAGGUAGCAUAAUGCCUUGUGUACCCAGACUUACUACCUACCACAUGUUCACCCCUCCUUCCUUGCCUGGCACAGUGCUAGUAUACAGUAGGUACUCAAUACAUCCUAUGACAUUGAACUGAAUUUUCAUUUGGGAUGUUUAAUUUGUGCCUCUUCAUUUCCAGAUUGGAACUGGAGUUGUGUCCUGGUCUCUGGGUAGGAGCUAGGACCAUACAAUUAGAAGGGCUUAUUCUAAGUAUCGACAUUUAUUCUCCUGGGAGUUGCAUUCCAGGCCAUGUCUGAGGGUUCCUUUUAUUUUAAUAAUCAAGCUCACAUUCAGUGUGUCAUGUUAUGGAGCUCGCAAUAGCAGAUACACAGCUCUGGCUGCACCACAGGACACAUGGCUUCUACCAUAAUCCUGAAGGUAGGUGUGGUCCUCAUCCUUCUUUCCUGUGGCUGGCUGUGGGUGGCAGGUUUCAGGCAUUUGUUUUUAACCACUGCACAUCACUGCUUCUCCCUCAAUGGCAGACAGGAGCAGAGCCUUCUAUGUGGAUUUGGAAUGAUGUGUGUGGUGGGGCACUUUUCAGUAAACUCUUAGUCUAAGAAAGUUCUGGGCAUAAUGAAAGAAGACAGAGAGAGGAAGGGCCAAACCUGCUCACUGGAGUAGAACCUUGCAGUUUGGGGAAACCUAGUAGACCAUGGGAAGCACUCAAGGCCAGAAGAGAAAGGCAGCCGCGGCCAGGCUGACUGGUUCCCUCAGGCCAGGAGCUGGGACUGGCGCUUUUAGGUGUCUGUGACUGAGUCAGCAGCUGAGGCCAACAGAGCCUGAGGCAGCCUGUGGGCUGUGACUAAAUUAGGAAGAAAAAGCCCUUGGGCUCUCCUGGGAGCUCACUGGGGCAGGUGGGCCAUGGAAGGGCCUCUGGUGGGCAGCUAGAAACAGACUGGUCAAACUGACUUUCACUUUGAUUUUUCAGCGUAACUGUAGAAAUGUCACACACUGGGUCUGAGUUCAGUCCCAGCAGGAGGGAAGACCCCCGAUGCCGGGGUACCCCAAGCCCCAUCUCCUCCAAGGGGCUAAGUAAAAUAGGAGAAUCUGGUAAGCUUCAAUCACUAAGUCAUUUAUAAGCUCACUGGGGAGUUGUGACCUUUUAAAAGGAAUAUACCCUUUUGACUGUUUUGGGUAGGAGAUUAUAGUGGACACCAGGCAUCGCAGGUGGACACCAGCCUGUCCCAGACAGGACAAAUUGGAAUGAUGGUUGCUUUGCAUCCAUCAUUCUAAAAUCUGUGACAACAGAUUUUGAUUUUAGAAAAUCACAAGAAGGUUCAGUUUGGUUUGAGUGUUUAAGGAUUGCAGUGUGAGAUUUGGAAGGAGGAAAGUAAAAAAAAAAAGUUGGCAGGAGAACGGUGGCUCCUAGGAAGAAAAGUUACAUUUCUAAGUAAUCAAUCAAACUCUGAAUGAGGCCAGCCAGGGCCUUUAGCCACUUCCUCACAGAGAGGGGCUUCUUGGUUUGUUUGUUUGUUUUUUUUUGUUUAUUUGUUUGUUUGUUUGGUGUUGUACUUUCUGCAAGAUUGGUUGAAGGCAUUAGCCUGAGAGCACAGUUUCUCAACUGCAACACUAUUGAUAUCUUGGGCCAAAGAAUUCUCUUUUGUGGUGGUUGUCUUGAGCAUUGUAGGAUUUUGGCAGCAUCCCUGGUCUCUGCCCAGUAGAUGCCAGUUGCAUCCCAUCAACCCCCUCAGUUCUGACAACAACCUGUUUCCAGCAUUACUCUGGGGGCCAAAAUCGUCCCCAGCCACUGCUUAGAGCAAAGGAGAACUCACCUUUCCUACUGAAAGGAAUUGCAGUUACCAUUGGGUAGGUGAGAUGAUGGGUCGUCUCCGUUCAUCUCCUGUUCCACAAAAAUAAAGAAGGGCAAGUGUUUCUGGAGCUUUGCUGGUUGGGUGUCAGUUCGCCGGGAUUGUCUGAUGUAGCUGUAUUGCUAAGGAUUUUUAGGGUAUCUUCAGGACCAAAUUUUCACCCGUGAAAACCCAGAGUAAAAAGCAAGCAAACAAACAAGCAGACCACCACCCACAGCAGCAACAACAAAAAACAGAGAAGUAAACCAGGUGAGACUUUGGAAUUUUAUUAAAAAUGGUCAGCGCGAUCAGCCCUAGAUCUCUCCGUCAGAAGUGCUCUCAGGAGGCCUGUCUGCAUAGAGCUGGCUUGGGUGUUGAUACGUGAAGAGGCUGAGAACAUGUGGCAUAAACAUCGACUGAUAUUGUUUGCCAUUGCCAUUUACACUCAGCGUGUGUAAUGCAGCAGGAAUGGCUCCCAGUGGCAUGUGACUGCCCUUCCAGGCGGGCAUGCCAUGCUCAGGCACUGCUCUUUCUCUUUCGCUCUCUUCCUCCCUUGCUUGCAUACCCCCUCCGCUGCCCCUUUCCAGACUCGGGAGAGUUUGAGUGAAGGCUUGUCAUGAUUGGCAUGCAGAAAGCUGGUAGAAUGUCAUUGGAAUUUUCUAGGGAGGCACAUGCGCGACACCCAAAAUGACUCCUGGCUUCGGUGGCCACAGGUCAGCGCGUCGUGCCAGGCACCCUGGUCUGUUUCAGAAAGUGCCGCCAAGCUCCUGGACAAGAACCCGUUCUCGGUCAGUAACCCGAACCCUCUGCUUCCUUCACCUGCCAGUCUCCAACUGGCUCAACUGCAGGCCCAGCUCACCCUCCACCGGCUGAAGCUGGCACAGACAGCAGUCACCAACAACACUGCGGCCGCCACAGUCCUGAACCAAGUCCUCUCCAAAGUGGCCAUGUCCCAGCCUCUCUUCAAUCAACUGAGGCAUCCGUCUGUGAUCAACGCCCCCCACGGCCAUGCUGGGGUGCCCCAACAUGCUGCAACCAUACCCAGUACCCGGUUUCCCUCUAAUGCAAUUGCCUUUUCACCCCCCAGCCAGACACGAGGUCCUGGACCCUCCAUGAACCUUCCCAACCAGCCCCCCAAUGCCAUGGUGAUGCAUCCUUUCACUGGGGUAAUGCCUCAGACCCCUGGCCAGCCAGCGGUCAUCUUGGGCAUUGGCAAGACUGGGCCUGCUCCAGCUACAACAGGAUUCUAUGAGUAUGGCAAAGCCAGCUCUGGCCAGACAUAUGGCCCUGAAACAGAUGGUCAGCCCGGCUUCCUGGCAGCCUCGGCCUCAACCUCGGGCAGCAUGACCUAUGAAGGGCACUACAGUCACACAGGGCAGGAUGGUCAAGCUGCCUUUUCCAAAGAUUUUUACGGACCCAACUCCCAAGGUUCACAUGUGGCUGGCGGAUUUCCAGCUGAACAGGCUGGGGGCCUGAAAAGCGAGGUCGGGCCACUGCUGCAGGGCACAAACAGCCAAUGGGAGAGCCCCCAUGGAUUCUCUGGCCAAAGCAAGCCUGAUCUCACAGCAGGUCCCAUGUGGCCUCCACCCCCCAACCAGCCCUAUGAGCUGUAUGACCCCGAGGAACCAACCUCAGACAGGACACCUCCUUCCUUCGGGGGUCGGCUUAACAAUAGCAAACAGGGUUUUAUCGGUGCUGGGCGGAGGGCCAAGGAGGAACAAGCGUUGCUCUCUGUGCGGCCCCUGCAGGCUCACGAGCUGAACGACUUUCACGGUGUGGCCCCCCUCCACUUGCCACAUAUCUGUAGCAUCUGUGACAAGAAGGUGUUUGAUUUGAAGGACUGGGAGCUGCAUGUGAAAGGCAAGCUGCACGCUCAGAAAUGCCUGGUCUUCUCUGAAAACCGGUUUCCCUUUCUCGCCCUCUCCAGUGCUGGCAUCCGGUGUAUACUUGGUUCGGCAGAGGGAACAUUGUGUGCUUCUCCUAACAGCACAGCUGUUUAUAGCCCUGCUGGGAAUGAAGAUUAUGCCUCAAAUCUUGGAACAUCAUACGUGUCCAUUCCAGCAAGGUCAUUUGCUCAGUCAAGCCCCACAUUUCCUUUGGCUUCUGCGGGGACAACUUUUGCACAGCGGAAAGGGGCUGGCCGCGUGGUGCACAUCUGCAAUCUCCCUGAAGGAAGCUGCACUGAGAAUGACGUCAUUAACCUGGGGCUGCCCUUCGGAAAGGUCACUAAUUACAUCCUCAUGAAGUCGACUAAUCAGGCCUUUUUAGAGAUGGCUUACACAGAAGCCGCACAGGCCAUGGUCCAGUAUUAUCAAGAAAAAUCUGCUGUGAUCAAUGGUGAGAAGUUGCUCAUUCGGAUGUCCAAGAGAUACAAGGAAUUGCAGCUCAAGAAACCCGGGAAGGCUGUGGCUGCCAUCAUCCAGGACAUCCAUUCCCAGAGGGAGAGGGACCUGUUCCGGGAAGCAGACAGAUAUGGCCCAGAAAGGCCACGGUCUCGUAGUCCAGUGAGCCGGUCACUCUCCCCGAGGUCCCACACUCCCAGCUUCACUUCCUGCAGCUCUUCCCACAGCCCUCCGGGCCCCUCCCGGGCUGACUGGGGCAAUAGCCGGGACUCCUGGGAGCACUCUCCCUAUGCCAGGAGGGAGGAAGAACGAGACCCGGCUCCCUGGAGGGAGAACGGGGAUGACAAGAGGGACAGGAUGGACCCCUGGGCACAUGAUCGCAAACACCACCCCCGGCAACUGGACAAGGCUGAGUUGGACGAGCGACCGGAAGGAGGGAGGUCCCACCGAGAGAAGUACCUGAGGUCUGGAUCUCCCAACCCGCCCCAUUCUGUGUCCAGCUACAAAAGCCGCGAAGAUGGCUACUACCGGAAAGAGCCCAAAGUCAAGUUGGACAAGUAUCUGAAGCAGCAGCAGGAUGGCCCUGGGAGGUCCAGGAGGAAGGAUGAGGCCAGGCUGCGGGAAAGCAGACACCCCCAUCCCGAUGACUCAGGCAAGGAAGAUGGGCUGGGGCCAAAGGUCACUAGGGCCCCUGAGGGCGCCAAGUCCAAGCAGAAUGAGAAAAAUAAAACCAAGAGACCUGAUAGAGACCAAGAAGGAGCUGAUGAUAGAAAAGAAAACACAGUGGCAGAGAAUGAGGCUGGAAAAGAGGAACAGGAGGGCAUGGAAGAAAGCCCUCAAUCAGUGGGCAGACAAGAGAAAGAAGCAGAGUUCUCUGAUCCGGAAGACACAAGGACAAAGAAGGAACAAGAUUGGGAGAGUGGAAGUGAGGCAGAGGGGGAGAGCUGGUAUCCCACUAACAUGGAGGAGCUGGUGACAGUGGACGAGGUUGGGGAAGAAGAAGAUUUUAUCAUGGAACCAGACAUCCCAGAGCUGGAAGAAAUUGUGCCCAUUGACCAGAAAGACAAAAUCUGCCCGGAAACAUGUUCAUGUGUGACAACCACCUUAGACCUAGACCUGGCCCAGGAUUUCCCCAAGGAGGGAGUCAAGGCCGUAGGGAAUGGGGCUGCAGAAAUCAGCCUCAAGUCACCCAGAGAACUGCCCUGUGCUUCCACAAGCUGUCCCAGUGACAUGGACGUGGAAAUGCCUGGCCUAAAUCUGGAUGCUGAGCGGAAGCCAGCUGAAAGUGAGACAGGCCUCUCCCUGGAGGAUUCAGAUUGCUACGAGAAGGAGGUAAAGGGAGUGGAGAGCUCAGAUGUUCAUCCAGCCCCUACAGUCCAGCAAAUGUCUUCCCCUAAGCCAGCAGAGGAGAGGGCCCGGCAGCCAAGCCCAUUUGUCGAUGAUUGCAAGACCAGGGGGACCCCGGAAGAUGGGGCUUGCGAAGGCAGCCCCCUGGAGGAGAAAACCAGCCCCCCCAUCGAAACCGACCUCCAAAGCCAAGCUUGCCAAGGAGUGUUGACCCCGGAAAACUCCAGGUAUGUGGAAAUGAAAUCUCUGGAGGUGAGGUCACCAGAGUACGCUGAAGUGGAACUGAAACAGCCCCUUUUUUUGCCUUCUUGGGAACCAGAGGAUGUGUUCAGUGAACUUAGCAUUCCUCUAGGGGUGGAGUUCGUGGUUCCCAGGACUGGCUUUUAUUGCAAGCUGUGUGGGCUGUUCUACACGAGUGAGGAGACAGCAAAGAUGAGCCACUGCCGCAGUGCUGUCCACUACAGGAACUUACAGAAAUAUUUGUCCCAGCUGGCCGAGGAGGGCCUCAAGGAGACGGAGGGGGCAGGUAGCCCGAGGCCGGAGGACAGUGGAAUCGUGCCACGCUUCGAAAGGAAAAAGCUCUGAUGCUUCUGCUUCUACUGCUGCUGCAAGGUUGGAAAGGAGAGCUUGCCGAAGGAAGCGGGGCCUUCCUGAUUCUGGGGACAGGACUAAAGCCUGAGAGGAAGGAAAACCAAGCAGGGCACAUUGCUUGCGUUUGCUCCCAGAGACUCAGUGAAAUGCCCAUGAAAUGUCUCCAGGAGCCAAGUCACCCAGGUGUGUCCAGCCCACUGAGGGUCACCAACUCUCUCCCUGUUGACUCUUGUUUCUCUCAAACCAUCUUUCAAUUCGUUUUUCUCUCUUUUCCUCUUGUUCUCUCUCUCCCUCUCUCCUUAUGUGCCAAGAAUCAUUUCCUUUUCACAAAACCCAACUUCUCAGGGAUUUUCACAGUGUUUAAAUUCUUGAUAGGAUCUAAUACGUCAGGCCUGGCUGAGUCACGCAAGGAAAAGGUUUAAUGGAAACUCCUGGGUCAGGCAAACCCCUGCAGUGAGUCUACAGCAGUAUCUCUGUCUGGUGUCCCGUGUAUCCCCUGCGUUGGGGAGCCGAGUCGGGUCUGCAGUCCCGGUGAGGGGACAUCACGGACAAUCUGUUGGCAGAGCUGGGAGGGACUUCAUUAACCUCUUCCUCCAGCUGGGCCACCCUUUUGAAAAGCCUCUGUUUUUAAUAACUCUUUCAUCCUGUCAGUUCUUCUAGAAGUCUGCCAGACCUAUGCCUUAAAGUAAAAUAAAAUGAAUUUUAGAGAUGAAAAGAGCCCUUCAUUGUGGAAGCUCUGAUAAGUUUCCUCCAAACUUACUUCCCUCCUCUUGAUUUCAGGAGAUGUCAGGGUUUGUUCUAUUCUGGACAAUGAAUUUGGUACAAAUUCACUAUAAUUAAAAAUAAAAACAGAAGCAUCUUCCUCCAGCUAAAGCAGCAGUUGGCGUGGGUUUAGGUGGAAUGCUGGCCUUUCUGCAAUGUGUAGCAUUGGCUUGAGACACAGUUCCAGGCUGUGGAAAACAGAGUUGUUUGGGGGGUUAAAUGAGCUUAUUUAAGUCAAGGAAACAUCAUCUGUCCUUCACUCAGCCGUGGUGCCUGCACUCUGGGGUACAACCUCCUCUCAAUGGGAUGGUUUUUAAAUGGCCCCCCAGUUGGGGGAGAAGCUAAGGAAAGAGAAGGCUGCAGAGCCAAAGAGUGGCAUUGAAGUUUGCUGGGUGUCUGUAGGUGGACCCUUUCCAGCUGGGCAGAUAGUUGAGGGCUCCUUGGGUUUGACUGCCUGUGUAGACUUUGAUGCCAAAAUGUUAUGAAAAGUCCUGAUUCCCACUGCUCUUUCUGGUACUGGAGGGUGGGUACCUUCAGGCUGUGGGGUCUGUAGUCUGAUAUUCCAUUGAAAGGGUAUGGGAUAAAGGUGCUGGGGGAAAUGAGGCUCGGCCACAGCCAUAGAGAGGCCCUCGGGCAGGUAAGAAGGGGGGCGUGGAGCUGUUUUCCUGAGCUGAGAUACUCUCCUGAAAGCACCCUUCAUAGCUUAGCCCAGGAAAAAUAAAACAAGGAAGACAGGUCACUCUCCCCUAGGCAGUUCCUGUUGUUUCAUUCCUGACCUUGGGCAGGCAGACUGAGAAGGGACUGUGUAGGGUUUUGUUUUGUUUUGUUUUCAUUUUCCUUUUUAUGGCAUGUGAGAUCAUACUGCACAUUCUGUCCUCUGUACUAAUAGAGGAAGGGCAGAGAGAUUAGUUCAAGGCUGACAUUUUAUAUCAGGUAACUGAGGCACACAAAGGGAACAAAUGAAGAACAUAAAAUGAUCAGUGUAAACCUGAAAGCAUGCAGUCAUUGGCAAGGGACGUACUCCUGGGAGCUGGUGAGAGAGAACAGUUAAGGCAAGCACCGGGUGAAAGCGGACCAGCUUGAACAGGUGUGAUGCGGAGAGGUUGGAAGAAGCAAGAAACCUGAACUCAUCAUCAUCAUCAGACUAUUAAAUAAAAUUUAUAGGAGGCUGUUGGUUUGAACUGAGCUCCUGCACUAGGCCCAACAGACCAAAACAAAAGGGAGUCACUCAUGUUAAAGUUCUGUCUUCCAAGAAAUCAGGAGAGAGAGAGAGAGAGAGAAAGAGAAUAGCCAAAUCCCCAAACAGGCCAGUUUUAACCAGCAUGAUGAAGAAGUGUCCUUGGUUUUAACCUUUAUAAGGAAAGCAACUUUGAGAUGACCAGUCUGGUUUUUGUUCUUUGUGUCUGCUUUCCUCAGCCCUUUUCUGUCUAUAAAGCCAAACUCCUCCGCUCAGCUCCUGGGAACACUCAUUCUAUUUUAUAGAAUGACGUGUUGCCCAAUUCUAGAAUCAAAAAUAAAAGCCAGCUAAAAUCUUUAAAGUAAAUUUGUUGUAAUUUUAUCUUUUGAGAAGACCAUAUGGGGGCUGCUGAAAAGUUGGUAUCUCAAAUAAAGUCUGAAGAUCGUGGCUCAGCCCAGAUUGUUCCCCUGGAACUCCACAGGUUUGAACCUGGCAUUCUGGACACCAGCUCUGCCUCCUCCAUUUCUCAGAAAACCUUUGAUCUUGUGUGUCUUUCUUGCCACUGAAGGGAAUUCUGGGGGCAGUUCUUUGGCCUUCUUGCUGAACUUUGCUGGAAAUAGCAUACAAUUUUUAUCAGAGGCUAGAACUGUACAUUAUCAGAGAGACUGGACACUUUAUCCCCUAGCAAAGUGGGAGCAGACUUCACCAGCUCAUUCUGCUCCACCCCUGCCUUCCCCCACCCCCCAUCCCCAGCAGCAUUUCCGGAAAUCCAGAUGGUCGUGUAGUGUUAUGGCUCCCAUGUGAUAGACUGGCCUUCAUAUUGGAAAGCUAGGGAGGGCCCCUGGGAGGGAAAGAGAUAAGGCACUAUCUGCAUUCAAUCAGAACCUUCAGUUUAAAAUCAUCUAAGAGUCUAUACUUGUGUACAUAUGUAUUUAUUUUUAUUUAUUUUUAUACAAUUCCAUUGGCAUGGUCCUUCACCGACCCUAUGAUUUGCACUUUUUAUUCCUACGUGUGCCAUACACAAUGCAGUAUUAAAGGCAACCAGGAAAAUAUUGAUUUGUUUUUUAAAGCUUUUUUUCAGUGUUUUGUCAGCCAUUUCAAAGUGUCUCCCAGAAAAGGAUGCUGAAGAGCAAUUGCUACCUUGAGCAACAGAUUCAUAUUUACCCCAGGUUAAUAUAACAAAAGGCCUGUAUAAUUUUCUUUUCAUUGUUAACACCCAAAAUAGCAUCUAUCUAGACAGUAUCCCCAAAGAAUUUGGAAAAUUUGAUGGUGUGAGCAGCAGCCAUUAGUAUCGGGGUUUCCCAUUCUUGGACAGUCCAAGGCUGUGACCUGUUAGAUAAUUAGAUUAUACUUGAACUGGACCAGAGUUUGUUUUUUGAAUUUAUGAGAAAAACAAAAACACUAAGUUAAUUUAAGUUUGAACUUGUAAAGUAUUGAAAUUUGUUGAGUGUCCUAUAAAUUGUCACGACUUUUCCUGAUCUGUAUAACUGACUGCAAAGUGUUUGUUUUUACAAAAGAGAAAAGAUUUUUAAUAAAGAGAAUUUGAAAGCUGUGA